AUGAGGAUUCUGGUGCUUCCAAAACAUUUCCAUGAUGGAGAAAUCAGCUCGAUAGAUAUAAACGCAUCGCACACAUGGAUGGCCACGGGAGGUGCCGACAACAAUGUGCUGUUUUGGGAUCUUGAGAAAUUCAACAACAUAGACUCAGCUACUGCGGAAGUGCUCGCGGAGAUUCAGCCUCAGAGCCUGCUUCCGGUCCACCUGGCUCCCAUUUCUGUGCUCCGAUGGUGUCCUACAAUGGACCACCUUGUAAUUUCUGCGGACACGAAGGGAAAGGUAGUGAUUCUGAAUGUCAGAGACCUAUCUAGUCGAGAGAUUUUUCCAUGGCCGGGUGCAGUCGAGCAACACGAGUGUUUUGUGAUUGAUGCUUCGUGGUCGCGGGAUGGACGUCUCUUUGCGUGGUCAACCAUCGACGGACGUGUCCAUCUAUAUGAUAUCGAAAGACACACGCACCAGCUUCUUGUAAAUAUUGCCACGCCCAAGGAAAAGACGACCGUGCAACGUGGUAUAGCAUUUGAUCCUACUAGUAACUUGUUGGCCACUCUUGGCGAUGACACCUUUGUGACCGUGUAUCAAUACCAGUUUGACAACAAUGGUAAUUAUCAGUUCAAAGUGGCAUCGAAAAUCUCCAAGCUUGUGAGCAAUGCUGCCACCGAUUUUGUGGUACAUGGAUGCCGCAGAUUGUCGUGGUCGUGUGAUGGGGAGUUCUUCGCCGUUCCAAAUGCUGCCAAGCAACAAACUUCUCUCAUCUCUUUAUUGUCGCGGUCACAAGGAUGGGAAAACCGUGUGAAUCUUGUAGGUCAUGGCAUGGACUGUGACUUGGUAAAAUUUGCUCCUCGCAUCUUCGACUCUCGCCAGAAGAACCCAGAAGCUGAGAUUAAAAGUAGCGAGAACGGAGUAGAAAUCGAUGAACAUGCUAACUUGAACGUUUACCAUAUUAUUGCGUCGGCUGGGUCCGAUAAUUCGUUCGUGGUAUGGAAUACCUCGAAGGAAUCGCCUGUGGUAGUGAUUAAAGAUAUUACGUCAAAGCCUAUUACAGACGUUGCCUGGAAUUUGGCAACAAGCAGCAUUUAUUUAGUUUCUGGUGAUGGACAUGUGAUAGUAGCUACUUUUGCUGAGGGUGAGCUUGGCUACUACGCUUCUGAGGAAUUCUUGGACAAACUCAGGGCAUCGCAGCGCCAUACAAUCAAAUCUUUCACGGUGAAGUCUGAGGAUUCCACCAGUAAAACGAAAGCGUCGAAACAGGCGCCCUCUGAUAUUGUUGAGCAGAAGCAUGCCACUAAUCUUCUGCAAGCCUUCUCUCAAAAAAGGAUUUCUGAUGGUGAUAAGAUGGACAUUGAUGCUGAACAAAAGGCUCCACAAGAUAGCAGCCCUAGCUCAGACGCCCUGACAAUUAUUGUUGGAGACUUUACGCCGACUGUUCUCCCGUCCGAACCUUUGGAGAUAGAUACCACAGAUGUGCUUCAGACCGCGAUGAACGAUAGAACAUCCACUGGGCCUGAGGCCUCUGCAAAACCCCCGAAGAUCAAAGCUGAGCCAAAGGUACAAAAGAAAAUUACACUCGAAACUCAGAAAGUCACCACAAAGGAUGGCAAGAAACGUAUCCAACCAAUUCUUAUUUCAAAUGGUAAUGGCUCCGGCUCAACAGCUAAAGAUAUUCCUCCUUUAGAACUUCCAAAAAAAAAUGAGAUCGAUAGCACUACUAGAGGGGUGAUGGAGUUCGACAAGCCAUCAUAUCUGGUUUCUGAAGGAUUUCAAAAGGACACCAAAAGACUUAAGUCACAGGAGACAAAUGGAGCAGCAAAGAAGGCCAAGAGAGUUUUGGAACCCGUGAGAUUCAUAGGAUCUGUGGUGCCCAAUCCAAACACCACGUUCGCCAAAUUGCGACUUUCCGUGCCCAGAGUCAGGUCUACUUUUCGCUUGAACUCUCGCCUCUCUGAUCUGACUUUCCUAGAUAUCCGUAACGGCGAAGGUAAUGAGAACACUCCUUCUCGUGUGACUCAAUUCAAGAACGAAGUCCAAAUCUGGACGGAUUUUAUCCCCAAAUACAUUCAGUUGGCAGUAGAAGGAGACUCUUUCUGGGCUGUUUGCACUUAUGAUGGGCAGAUAUACAUCUACUCGCAUCUUUCAGGCAAACGCCUUCUCCCGCCCAUCGUAAUUGGAGCUCCACUUUCAUUUUUCGAGAGUCAUGGCAAGUACUUACUAGCUGUGUCUUCGAUUGGUGAGAUGUACGUAUGGAAUAUGGAGGAGAAGAAGUUACACUUACACAAUCCACUGUCAGUUGCUACACUUCUAGACCUUAACAGCAAAUAUCAAGAGGAUGGACUCAGUCGAGCAGACAGCAUAAGCAUGUGUUCUAUCACCACCCGUGGUGUUCCUUUAGUUACACUUACCAAUGGGUCUGGUUAUUUGUAUAACGUCGAUCUUGCUGUUUGGCAGACUGUCUCUGAAACCUGGUGGGCUUUCGGAUCUCACUACUGGGAUUCGAUCACUGACGACAAGGUCUCUUCAAAGCAAGGCGGUGUGGGAGACGGAGAGGAAGCAAAAGAAUCGUCAAUCAUCGGAUUGUUGGAGCAUAAAACCAAUGAAGAGAUUGUGCGCAAAAGCCGAAUCGGUAGAGGCAAAUUCUUCAGCAAGAUCUCCAAGAAUAUGAUUUUGAAGGAGGGUUUCGAGAACCUUGAAAACAUCAUUUCCCUUUCUCAUAUGGAAAACCGGAUCUUGUGUUGUGAGUUACUAGGGGAGAGGGCCGAUUUCAAGGACUUCAUCAUCGUCUACGCCAAGCGCUUGAGUGAACUAGGGCUCAAGGGCAAAUUGUUUGAGUUGUGUCAAGAUCUUCUCGGAGAUGACGUUGAGGCAGCCAAAGAUGCACAAAUUUGUGGUGUCAACAAGCAUGCUUUGCUUAAGGAGAUUAUAGUGGACUGUGCGGAGCAUCGGGACUCGCAGAGAAUCCUAACGCAUUUUGGUCAAAAGCUCGGAAUCAUUUCUGAGGAAUAUUAA